AUGGCAUCACUAUUGAGUUCCACUGGCACAAAUUGUGUUCUUGUUCUUACAGGUAUGCUCGGUCAAGAAAGAAGAUCUUCCACCGGAGCCACCAAAUCAGCAUGCGUUUUUGAUGCGAAGAUCGAAAACUCCAGAAGAUCGCAAGAAGGAAAAGGAAGAUGGCUUUAUAUGCUUACAAAUUUAGGAAAAAUGGCAGGAAAGCUAGAGACAAGCAUCAUGAUAGUGGUAAAAAAGACGACGGUCGUGCACACGCUCACGGGAUGGAAAACGCGCGAUCUCGCUCUCGUCAUCAACGAUGUUCGCGUUCACGAUCGGGCCACAGGAGAAGAUCACGGUCGCGAUCCAGAGGACGUCGCUCGGAUCGAAGAGAAGUGA